CAGAGGAGAGUCGAUGGGUGCCAUACUGCGGAGUGUCCUGUUGGUGGUUUCAGCUGUGUCUUGGAUGACAGUUACUGGUUAUAAAAAUGGAAAAGUGACACAAGCCUGCAAGAGCAUGAUGCCAGAACAUGGUACCCAUCCCAGUCCCAAUACCAGCGCCUACAAUAUCAUCGUGGAUACGACUACGUUCAGUCCUGGUGAUCAGAUUAAAGUAACACUCGCUUCAUCUAUGCCGGGUGCCAAGUACUUCGAAGGUUUCCUGAUCGAAGCUCGGGAUGCAGGAAAUCUCAAUAGCAAUGCAGUGGGAUCCUUCACCCUUAUCGAUUCCGUAGUUUCACAGCUCUUGAAUUGUGACCACACACAGGGAUCAGCCGUCAGCCACACAAGUGACAAAAGGUUGCAGGAAAUUCAUGUGUUGUGGAAUGCACCAAAAGAUGCACCACCCAGCGUGCAGUUCCUGGCGACCGUGGUUCAGCACUACAGUAUCUUCUGGGUAAAAAUCCCGGGGCCAGUCGUAUCACAGAGAGGUGUCAGUCCCAUCCCUCCCCACCCCACAACGAGGACCACCACUGCAAAAACCACCACGCCCUCCAUACUCCCCGAGCCGUUCAGCUCAGAUGGUUGUGGCAACUGGAAGUCAUGCCUCCAGGACCCAGUGAGAUGCGAUCCGAAGAUAGAUCCCAAGUGCUUCUUCCUGUCUUUCACCACAGAGGGCCAGAGUGUGAUAUUUGAGCUCAGCGGGCCGGCGGAGGGAUACGUGUCCUUUGCCCUAUCGCUGGAUAAGUGGAUGGGGAAUGAUGAUGUGUACCUGUGCGUGAAGGACUCUGACCGUGUAGCUGUCCAAGAAGCAUACGUUGCAGGCCGGACACACCCGGAGGUUGAUUCAGGGAGUGUGCUGACAGACGUGGCGUGGAGGUUGGCCGGCGGAGUCAUCCAGUGCCGUUUCCGCAGAAAUGUCCGCACCCCCCAGGAACCUCGCAGAUUCAACCUGGACAGGAGUUACUACCUGUUCAUGGCGCAUGGCAGAGCAGAGCACGGUUCCAUCCAUAGACAUGACCGCCAGCCCCUGAUUUCGACCAAUCAGAAAGCAAUUACCGGUCCAGCCGAGAACCUUAGUGGUUCACGCUCUCCGCUGAUAAUGAAAUUUCAUGGUGCCUUUAUGCUUAUUGCAUGGGUGACAGCAGCCAGCACUGGUGUCCUUAUUGCACGGUACUUCAAGCCUGACUGGCAGGAUCAAACCAUAUUUGGCCAAAAGGUUUGGUUUCAGGUGCAUCGUGGUGUGAUGACCCUGGCUGUCCUGCUGACCUGUGCUGGCUUUGUGUUGCCCUUUAUCUACAGAGGAGGCUGGAGCCGGCGGGCGGGGGCUCACCCUUACCUGGGUUGUACAGUCAUGGUUCUAGCUGUCCUGCAGCCUCUGAUGGCCUUCUUCAGACCUCUUCCAGACUCCCCGUGGAGAUUCAUAUUUAACUGGAUGCAUAUGGGUGCUGGGACUACUGCAAAGAUAAUAGCUGUGGCAGCGAUGUUCCUGGGAAUCUGUCAGCAGGCCCUGGUGCUGCCCACACCCUGGUCCACAGGGAUCCUUGCAGGGGUUAUAGUUUGGGAUGCUGCGGCUUUUCUGCUGUUGGAACUUCACAAAAGAGGGCUUCUAAGAACAGGGAAGACUCCCUGUGAAGAUCAGGAUAUAAUCCUUUCAGAGUCUUCCGAGGGGGACAGCCAGGUUGCCAGGUUUAAACAGGUGGUGUUAGUGCUCUUCAUCGCUGGGAACAUGGGAUUCCUGAUUGCACUCCUAUACUCCAUAAACAGUGUGUGA